AUUGACCGUUACCAUUCUUACACCCGCUCCCCUAUUCCGUUAACAAAAGUGCUCGGCCAACAGGCCUGGCUCCAUCUUCAGUUGUGCAGGUAGUCCUGCUGCCCGUGCUCAGCUUCAAACUCAAUCUUCCUUGUCUUUCCAUUUCUGAGCACACUUGAUUUCGACUUCAGUACAAUCGGUACUGCUGGAAAAAUAAAACCUGAAUCACACAGUCCUUCAUUGCUCAACGGGACAAAGAACCUAUUUAAUGUUCAAUUGAGGUUGUGAGAUUCGUAAACAGCUGAUCUAGAAAUGACUGGGGGUGGAAGGAGAAGUGCCCGAAGCAGAGUGAAAUCCUCGGCAGAUGAUAACGAAGACAAUCUCCGUCGGGCGAAACCUAAUCUGAAAUACCGGAGAGAUAGGAGCAAAGACAGCACGUUACUUCGUAUCUUCAACGCUAAUCUCAGUAUUAUGAUCGGUUUAAGUAUCUUAGCGCUGUUAAUAAUCUAUUUCGUUAUCAGCCAUGUCGUGAACCCCGUUGAAGAAGCUCAGAGACCUAGGGUUGUUACCCCUUUCCCAGCUCCAAAGCUCAUGGACCUGCCUAUGUUUCAAGGUGAGCACAAAGAGAGCUUAUACUGGGGAACAUACCGUCCUAAUGUUUAUCUUGGAAAUUCGGGCGAGGACUCCUCGAUCUUUGAUUGCUGGUCUGAUGUGGACUGGGGUGAAGGAUGGGAUGUAUGUCAUGCGGCAUGUCUGCCAAAACUCUGAUGAGCUAAUCUCUUAUGGUUGGACACAACAUAAUGGGCGUGACUUUGGACAUCAAGUGUUGAUAGAUCAUGAUAUGACCCUGGAAACAAGUUUCCUGAAAUCCAAGGGCCAUGGCAGUGGCUAUGGAGGAGACUGGGCAGUCCAAAUUGAUGUAAAAGGUACAAAGGGGAAGGAAGAAAUGCAAAGAAAUGCACAGCUUUUCUUCUAUUUGGCUGACGAAGAUGGAAGUGCUCUGGGAUUGGGCACUGAAAUACUGGAUAUUAAUAAGAAUUCUCUCCUAGCUUCAGGUUCAAGAUUGGACAUCGGUGAUUGGCAGCUACAUUUAAAAUCAAUGAAUAAUCUGGAAGCCCAUUAUUCUGGUUUCAGGACACCUCACAUCCAUAAUUUAUCUGAUUUUGUCCUGGGAAAUCUUGCAGUCCAAGCACAAAAGUUUGGUCGGUUGCAGCUAUCUGACUCAUCUGAUGAUUCUCCAAAUGUUUUAGUUUUUCAGAUUGCUGCUAGGAUUCCAUUCAAAGUGGAUCUUGCUUUUGUGUCUGGAACUGGUGGAAAGAAUUCUCGGGUAGAAGAACGUGUAGCUAAUCUUACAGGUACCUCACUGACCAGCCAACUGGAAAAGAAACACAGAGAAUUUGACACUAAAUUUGACAAGUGCUUUGGCCUUGCUGACAAGCUUAAUUCCGAUUCUGUGAAUGUCGGCAAGACUGCUAUCAGCAACAUGUUAGGGGGUAUUGGAUAUUUCUAUGGGCAGUCAAAAAUAUCAGUCCCCAGAAAAUCCAAC